GCAAGUUGGGCAGCGCGUUUGUCGCUCUGACGUAUACACUGGCGCUGUGUUGCUUUGCGGGGCCGGAGAGACGCAGAGUCAGAGCCGCUCCCAGAGCUGUGUAUGUACCGAGACCCUGUGGGGCAACCUCACGACCGCUAGGAAAACUAGGAGGAGCCCGGAUGUGUGCGGGUACCGGAGCCGCGAACCAUCAUGGCGGAGAAACAGCUAACGGCCCAAGAGGAGCGGGCAAUAGAAGAAUUUCUGGCAGAGCUGAAAAAUCGGGAACAACCACAAGUGGUUUCUGUGCCUCCAAACACUGCUGUGAAAUUUUUAAUGGCUCGGAAGUUUGAUGUUUCUAGAGCAAUUGAUUUAUUUCAAGCAUACAGAAACACAAGACUUAAAGAAGGGAUCUAUAAUAUUAACCCUGAUGAGGAACCUUUGCGUUCUGAAUUGCUGAGUGGCAAAUUUACAGUUUUGCCAGGAAGAGAUGCAGAUGGAGCUGCCUUAGCUUUGUUCACUGCUAGACUUCAUCGACCGGAUGUUACCACGCAUAAAGCCGUUCUGCAGGCUAUUAUCUAUCAGCUGGAUAAAGCCAUUGAGAGAUGGACAUCUCUGAUUCAGAGUAUACGUCUUGGUGCAUUUCCUGCAAGACUGAAGUGUGUCUUUAUUGUAUCAUCUCCCCUUUGGUUUCGAGCUCCAUUUGCCGUUUUGCGGCUCUUUGUCAGAGAAAAGCUGCGUGAAAGGGUGCGAACAGUGAAAGCACAUGAACUUGUAAACCACAUACCGAAGGAGUCCUUGCCGGAGCAUUUUGGCGGUACAUCAAAAAUAAGCCAUGUUGCUUGGAUCCAGGCAUGCGUCAAUUCAAGGCAUGGACAAGAAAAUGGGGACUGCAUGGACCAUCUGUUUGUUAUAUAUGCAACAGAGCAGAAUCCUGUGAGUGACAGGCUUAACUCUAACUGCACACAUCAGAAUGUGACUGAUAAUACCAGACUCAUACACAAUCAUUACCAUGAAAACAGGACUAAAAAUUAUGCCGAAGCACACAGAUUAAGUGGCUGUGUGCACUGGAAUGGUUCUGCAGUCAGUGGCAACUUUGACUGUUGUGACAAAAGCUCUGGUGCUAACACAAAUUGUAGGAGACCUCCUCCUCAAUCAGAAACUCCCCCGGACACACCUUUGUAUAAACAGCCUGCUGACAAUCCAUCCAUCCCACCUUUACCCCAGAAAUCUCGGCCGCUGCCUGUAGGCAUGGAGAUGUCAAUACACAUGCCAGAAGAAGGUGGGAUGACUGUACUUGGUCUGGUUCAAUACGUUAAAAGAAUGAAAAAAAGGGGAAUUUUUCAAGAAUAUGAAGAAAUAAGGAAAGAACCACCAGUUGGGUCUUUUGAUAUUUCAAAAAAGCCCUAUAAUCAAGCAAAAAAUCGAUACAGUGAUGUUCUCUGUUUGGACCAGUCUAGAGUUAAGCUUGGUCUUGUUGGAACAGAUGAGACAACCGACUACAUUAAUGCCAGUUUUAUGGAUGGAUACAAACGCAAAAACGCAUAUAUUGCAACUCAAGGUCCCUUGCCAAAAACAUUUGACGAUUUCUGGCGAAUGGUGUGGGAACAAAGUGUCUUAAUAAUUGUGAUGACAACACGGGUGAUUGAAAGGGGGCGAAUAAAAUGUGGACAAUAUUGGCCUUUAGAAGCUGGAAGAAGUGAAGAUUCAGGACAUUUCAUUAUACGAAACAUACAUAUAGAUCUCUUCCAAGACUUUAAGCUUACCCACUUGGAUUUAUACAACAAACAGACAGAUGAGAGCCGGAGUGUUGCCCAUUAUCAGUACAUGAGUUGGCCGGAUUUUGGUGUGCCUAAGUCUGCUUCAGCCAUGCUUGAUUUCCGAUCUCAAGUAAAGCAGCACCAGGCAGUGGCUGUACAAACUUUAGGAUUAGAAUGGACUGGACAUCCUGCAGGGCCUCCAAUUGUCAUUCACUGCAGUGCCGGGAUUGGGAGAACAGGUACAUUUUGUACCUUGGAUAUCUGCCUGUCACGACUGGAAAACAUUGGAACAGUAGAUGUGCUACAGACGGUGAAAAGAAUGCGAUCACAACGAGCAUUCAGUAUUCAGACAUGGGAUCAAUAUUAUUUUUGUUAUAUGGCUAUCAUUGAAUACGCACAAAGAAAAGGUCUUCUUGCCCCUGUGGAAUGGUCAGACACUGACUUUGAGACUGAUAGCGAGUGAAUAUUCACGCUUAAUGGUACGAAAGUUGAACAUGGGAGAGUCCCUGGCAGUUGCUUCAUGCAAUUUAAGCUUGCUGAUGCUGGAAAGCUCUGUCGCCUACUGUGUACUUGUGGUUUGCAGAUCGGUUCAGUACUCAAGAGUUUGGAACUAUUAAAGCGCUGGAAAGUGUCAUAAUUUAUUGUAGCAUGAAAUUACAAUGGAAUUACUUGCACACAGUUUUCUAGACUUGAAGUUAACUGUAAUAUGUUUUUUUUUCUUUUGCUGUUGUCCACGGAAAGAAUAGAGUAUGUAAAGUGUCACAUACCCCCUUUGUAAAAUGUGUAGUACCUUGUAGAUUUGUCUGAUCCUUUUAAGGAUUUCUGUAAAUUGUAUUGUGUUCUUUAAAUAUUACUUCAAAGUUUAACAUUCAACAACCAAUGUUACCAAGUACAAGUCUUUCACCUGGUUACUUUGGCACUAUUGUAUAUUUCUGUAUAGCUUAUUGUUUUGAAAAGAAAAUACAAGUUACAAAGAUAUGUAUUAAAGAUUAUGCUGAGUUAA